UUCAGCUAGUUUCCUGGAAAAGCCUUUGCAAUUGUGCAUGGCUCUUGUGUGGUCACAUGUCAGCUUCACCUUGUAUUGCUCCUUUUGCUGUAUGAUUACUUGGUCGGUGCAGUUCAGAUCUCCUAUUACAUUUAUGUUUUCUAUAAACUGCAGGCCCUCUUCAUUUGAGACUCAUUUGUUACUGAGUGAGUUCUAGAUUCGGUACUUAUUCAUUGUUCUUGCUCUCAUUCUAGUUUGAUUGAUUUAACCUUUUUCGACUGGUAUCGCCAUUUCUCUAUGUUCUUCUAGUUUAGCACCUGUUGAGUUGUUCCUUUUGAUGUCUAUUGUCUUCCGUUAUGCUCAAAAUGUUCUCUUUUGUGCUGCGGGGUGUUUCAUAAUGAGCAGUCAUGCCAUGCUUUUUCACAACAUUCAAGCCAUCUAGCUAAACAGAUUGAGCAUGGCUGAGACCUGAUCCACGCUAGGUCGCUAGUUAUUGGGGAAAGCAUUGUACCUCAUCGAAAGAAAAUAGUUUUCAAAGUUCCAUUACAUUGGGAACUGAAUAGUAUCAUCACCAGGGCAUUUGGUGCACGUGCACCAUCCAUAGGUGCUGCUUGAAUAGAUUACAUGCUACUUGCCAGCAAAGUCAAAGAGUGAUGAAUCUGUGCUGCAACCUGAAUAUGUGGCGAUUGCUUAGUUGGUUGUUGGGAUUGUAAUGGUUUCGUCAUCACGUUCAGAGACAAUGCUGCUGCGUUGUUUCGUUUGUCGAAGUAGUUUGAAUUUUCAUAGUAGUGACUAGUGAGGAGCUAUAGAGCAUUCAGACAAUAUUUGGAUGUUAAUGAGGAAGGAACAAUAAACUGAAAUAAGCUGUCUGCAUACUUUCUUGUUGCUGGAGAAGAGGAUAGGGAAGAGAAUGCAUGCCUUCGGCUACUUUGCGUUGUACCAAAAAUGAAUUGCAGCCCUUAGUUCAUGAUAAAAAAUAUAAGAUUAAUGGAAAGGUUGAACGUGUGUUCAUUUUGGAAGAAGUUGCCAGGGAGUCCAAGUAAUUAAAAAAUAAGUAUUGGGCUUAGCUAAACUGAACUAUGCAGAUUUUUUGGGUUUUGGAAAUACUAGUUUACUGGUAUAUUUGGCAUAUUUGAAAUUUUCUGGAAAAUGAAUAAAUAAUUUUGAAAUUUGGAUAGUUUCUUUUUCUUUACACUUUUCUAAUUUUAGGCUGAGAACCACAUACAUCCAUGAACUUUACCCAUGUGUCACAACUCAUUUUUUAAAAAAAUAUUUGGGAUUAACCCAAGAACCUUUUUUUAAAGUCUGUAAUGUGCCAUCAUUUCUUGACCCAGGUAAUGUGCCAUCAUUUCCAUGAACUUUUUUAUUGUUGGUGGUUUUGCCGCACUACAGAUGCGAUCGGCCAAUCUGAUCAUGUGACAUUGAUUUACUGGCUUUGUAGCACCUAGGCAAUUCUUAUACAUUUAGAAUACAAUACUACAUUACUACUAAAAUUUUAUCAUCUUGUAAUGUUAUAAGCACCACCAUAACACCAAAUGAAAUUAUGAAUGUGAAUUGAUGCCAUGUGGUCUCUACCUACAACAUGAACAAUACCAAAUUCCAUUGGUGUCAAGCUGGAUUUUAGCAAAAGCAUCAAGAGUAUUUCUGAAGUAUGUAAUUUAUUUUGUCAACAGUCUAAAAAAUAUUUGGAUUUUUCUGCAUUUUCCUCUGGAUUUGUGGAUCUUGGAUCCGCUCCCUUUUGUCACACGCAUUCUUCAUUUUCCAUAUCAAGCGUGAAAGUCACGUUUAAAUGGUGAUGCAUCAGAUACGGUGUGGAUAGCUGGAACCCCAUUGAUCUCUUCAUUGCAAAUUAAUAUAUACCCCUAUUUUUUGGACAGCUUUACCCCUCUCCUCUUUCUAUUCCCUUUCACUUUCCCCUUCCUCUGCCCACUCUCUCAAUCCCUAGCACCGCUUCGUAGUUCGUUGAUACUCUUCGUGCCCCCGAUCCCUUAACCCCACAUGUCCCUGUUCACUCUCUGCAUCAACUGUUCUGCUUGCCGUGGCAUCAGACAAUACCUUUCUGGGUUUGGUGGGCGGACUUCCACUGGAUCCCAAUCAGCUUAUCGCCUCGCCUCUGAACACUGGACAUGGAUUUCUUCACGGAAUAUGGGGAAGCGAGUCAGUAUCAUAUCCAAGAGGUCAUUGGCAAGGGAAGUUAUGGAGUAGUUGCUGCUGCAAUUGAUAGUCACACUGGGGAGCGGGUUGCGAUCAAGAAGAUAAAUGAUAUUUUUGAGAAUGUCUCGGAUGCUGCUCGCAUUUUGCGGGAAAUCAAGCUUCUUCGGCUGCUUCGUCACCCAAACAUAGUCCAGAUUAAACACAUUAUGCUGCCCCCUACCCGAAGGGAGUUCAAAGAUAUCUAUGUUGUCUUUGAGCUCAUGGAAUCUGACCUGCAUCAAGUGAUCAAAGCAAAUGAUAACCUGACUCCAGAGCAUCACCGCUUUUUCCUGCAUCAACUUAUUCGUGCUCUCAAGUACAUGCAUUCAGCCCAUGUAUUUCAUCGUGACUUAAAGCCUAGGAACAUACUGGCCAAUUCAGACAGCAAAUUGAAGAUUUGUGACUUUGGACUUGCACGUGCAUCAUUUAAUGACUCUCUUUCAGCUAUCUAUUGGACAGUAAGAUCCUUUUCAUCAAUCAUUCUUUUUUUGCCCCUUAUUUCAUUAACUGUUGUGCCUUGCAACUUGAAGGAUUAUGUCGCAACAAGGUGGUACAGGGCUCCUGAAUUAUGUGGCUCCUUUUUCUCCAGUUACACCCCUGCAAUUGAUAUUUGGAGUAUAGGGUGCAUUUUUGCUGAAGUUCUCACUAGAACCCCAUUGUUUCCUGGGAGGAAUGUUGUGCACCAAUUAGACUUAAUAACAGAUCUCCUUGGAACACCAUCAUUUAGAUCCUUAUCCAAGAUUCGCAGUGAUAAGGCCAGGGAAUAUUUGCUUUCCAUGCCGAGGAAGCGCCCUAUUCCUUUUUCUCAUAAGUUCCAUAAUGCUGAUCCUCUGGCUCUCAGCUUGCUGGAGCGUUUACUUGCAUUUGAUCCUAAAGAUCGACCUACUGCUGAAGAGGCUUUAGCUGAUCCAUAUUUUAGUGGGCUGUCUAAAGUGGAACUUGAGCCUUCAGCGCAACCAAUUUCAAAGGUUGACUUUGAAUUUGAGGGAAGAAAACUAACAAAGGCAGGUGUAAGAGAAAUGAUAUAUCGGGAGAUUUUGGAGUACCAUCCACAGAUGCUUCAGGAGUACAUCGAAGGUGGAGAGCAAAUUCACUUCCUAUAUCCAAGUGGGGUUGAUCGCUUCCAGCGACAGUUUGCUCAUCUUGAGGAGAACUACAGAAGAGGAGUAGCGAGUACCCCGCCGCGAAUAAAACCCACAUCUUUGCCAAGAGAGAGAGUCUGUUCAUCAAAAGAUAGUCAUAAUCAGGACUCUGACAACGAAGAGCAGAGAGCAGGAUCCUAUGUUGCCCGAACAAUAAUAAGCCCCCCAAGAUCACAAGAGGAGGGCCGCAAGCUUCAGUCCAGCUACCAGUGCGCCACAAGCACUGCUGAUUCCUGCGCCAAGAGCUAUCUGAAGAGCGCCGCUAAUAUCAGUGCUUCCAGGCAUGGCAUCAAAGGGAAAACUGGCCGAAAGGAGAAGGAAUCUCCGAGGCUGUGAACGAGGCGGCGCUGCCUCAUGAACUGUUAGACAAGGUAAGCUAGGGCCUAGGGCGCUCUCCUAUGACAGAACUCAGGAGCAAUAUAAUGGCACCAAUGCAACUGCAACUUUUGUAAUGUCGGUACAAGUACAACUAUGUAGGUCAUCCUUGGUCGCCCAAGCACCCUGCUUGGAGAAAUUAGACUGGUGUACUGUUAAGUUUUGAGAUCCAACUGCUAAGAUUCUGGCAGAUCUGUUAAC